AUGGCUCAGCGCGCAUAUCGCCAGCGUAAGGAGUCUGCCAUUGAUGUUCUGAAGCAAAAGGUUGAAGAACUAGAGCGGUCGAAGGAAGAUAUGGGGAGGGAGUUUAUUAACUUCACUUCUGUUAUUCUUGAGCAAGAUACUGUCAAGAACAAUCCGCAGAUCAUCGAGCAUAUUAAGCAGACCACUAUAAGCUUGCUCUCCAGCGCUCGAGAAGUAGAUGAGAACGAGAGGCCUGACUUUCCAGGUGGGGAGCAGAAUGGCCUUCUCAACGAUGUCCCUCUCGAGGUCUCACCUGAUCUCACGCCACCACUCCCACAGUCCCAGGGCUUCGACUUUCCCAUGAUGGAUGGCAUGGACUACACCACCAACCCAAUCGAUCCCAUGCUCUCCCAGCAACGGUCCAAUUCCGAUUCGACACCACACUCCUUCGAUACAACCUCCUACUUCCAGCUUCCCACCACCCAAGCGCCCUUCUACGACAUGACCUACCAACUCCCCGGAUCAACAUGGGACUCUACCCUCCCUAACCCCCGGUCCUACGCAAGCCAAGAGCUAAACUUUGGCCGGCGGUACCACAGAGCCUCUCAGGAAGCGGCGUAUCUCCUAGCAUCGAUGAGAUAUGCGCCUCCCGCGUGGUAUCGAAAGGUCUUUGGGUUCUGCAUGCAUUUUGAAACGAGGGAGGAGAUAUGUAGUCGCAUUGGUGAGACGCUGCGCAAGUCGAGGGAGGCUACGCUUAAUAAUUGGAAGUUUCCUUUUACUAAUGUUGGUGGUGCUGGGACUUUCUUUCCUGAGCAGGGGUACGGUGGAGGUGAUAUGCCGAUUGGUAAUAGGUCACUGGAGCAUGAGGCGUACAGACCAUCUGAGAUGUCAGGUUUCUCUAUGGGGCCUUUCGGUCCAUCGGUCGAACAGAUCAGAGAUCUACGCUUGAACCCGCAAUUACGCAUCAUUGAUCCAGAGUAUGAUGGAGAUUUCUUUGAUUCAGAUGAGAUCGAGAUCUGUCUCCGCGGCUACGGCGUGACUAUUCCAGCGGGCAAAGACUUCGUUACAGCAUACAUCGACAUGAGCAUGUUUGAGAGAACAUCAGAUUCAGAGACGAGCUCUGGUCCCACCACACCUCCGGAUAUGCCAGGUAAUGGUAACUUCGUGGAGGAAGAUCUAGAAAGUGACGAGCCCCCUUCGUUUUCGUGCCCCGCUGGUUUGAUGGGUAUGGCAAUGGGAGCCAUGCCACCGCCACCGAAGGGUAAAGGACCUGGGGAGCAGUGGAAGGAGCCUACUAAACGGGAGACAAAGGUCAAGAUUGAUGUUGAGAGACUUAUUAUGUGCCUCGUCAACUCGACUGUGUGUCUCGGAAGGACACCCGCCGUUCGUCCUAUGGACAUCCGUAAGUCGUUGAAGAUGUCUAUCAUUGAAGAAAACUAG